AUGGGGGAAGAGAUUUGUAACCGAGCUUGUGGAUCCCCCUCGCUUUUCGCGUCCACUCAGUCUGGCGGCAAAAGCAAGUUCGUCUUCCGAGUUGCUUACCCCAUUCCGGAUAUGUUUGUCUCCUGCCGAGAAUACCCAUACCGGAUCAUUGAAGGAAACUUAAACAACGCUGCGCUGCUCGGCACCUUGCCUGCCAUUGUCUACUAUAUGCGUUGUCUAGCUACACAUCCAAUCAAGAGCCAGGCCCCUCGAGAAUCGUGCUUCGGUUGGAGCUUCCUUGAUUCCAUCCCACGAGCGACUGUUUCAUCAGCUCUGCCUCAGAUCAUGGCGCAGCACGGUUAUAACGUCGGCUCGGGUCCUUCCCGCUUAGGCCAGUGGGAAGAUAGAGGUACUGGACUGAAUCGUCCAGAGAUGGACGGCGCAGCAUCCGUGCCUUCGCAGCCUGACGCUUUCGGCCGGACCACGACGUACGUCGACGGCUCACCGCUGUAUCCGGCCUCUUCCUCGUCUUAUGUUUCUGUAGGUGGAGGACUGCGUGGUGAUGCUACGCCGCAUCCUUUGCUGAGCGUUCACGCCCAACAUGAGACCGAGCCACAGUCACUUCCGCCUUACAGCAGCACGCUUCCACAUCACCCAUCGCAUCACAACCACUAUCAGCAGGACUUGACUCACACCGGCCACUCUCCCUCGCACGCUUUCCAAAAUCAGCAAACCCAACACCAAUAUCAGCAGCCCCAGCUGCACCAGCACCAACAGCAGCAUGCUCGCGAGCAGCACUUGCAUUUCGGCUCGGACCAAUCGUUGGAAAUGCAUAUGUCAGGCAACCCGACGGGCUCCCAAUCGCUCGGAACGCCACAUCCAUCCACCUCAUAUACUCUGCAGCAUCAUUCGGAACAUCAGCACAGCUCUCUGGAUGGACAGCGUGGAGGGCGGAACCGUGCUGAAGCGGCAGCGGAGCCACAUACUCCACGUCCACCGAAUGCGUGGAUCCUGUACCGCUCGCAGAAGUUUCGGGAGAUCCAACAGAAUCGCGAAGCUCAGACACAGACAGGAUCCACAGACAAGCCCAAGUCGCAGGCCGAGAUCUCGAGGAUCAUCUCGCAGAUGUGGCAGAACGAGACAACGGCCGUCAAGCAGAGAUUCGAAUCGAUGGCAGACGAGAAAAAGCUGGCUCAUCAAAAGAUGUAUCCCACGUAUCGGUAUCGACCAAAGAAGAAGGGCAAAUCCAAGCAAGCCAGUAGCAGUCACAGCAACGAUCAAAGGCAGACGACGGAUACAAAGUCUGCUCAGAGAGCACUCGAUGGAGGCUAUGCUAGCGGUAGUCAGGAUUACGAUACCUCGGAACGAAGUUCUUCAGCCGGACACUCCGCCGAACGCAGAAGCGGAAGCGAUCCACAGCGACCGGAAGCAAGUCAAAGUGGAAGCGCCAGCAUGCAUGACCUUUCUGGCCGCGACUUUGCCUCCCGCAAGUCGACCUUCGGUGACCGAAGAGAUCGUGGAGAGCUUUCGGUGAUGUCAAGCUAUGGUCGAACCAUGCCAAGCAGCCUGACUUCCGGUGAAAGCCACUCCUUCGCACACAGCACGGCUCGGAUGCACCCUUAUGGCGAACGACCAUCGAACCACUUUCGGCAGGACAACUUCAAGUCGACUGACUUGUUUGGCGAAGCCGUAACCUCGUCGAGCGCAUACGCCAGCGGCAAUUGGACCGAUUCGGAUACGCUCGGCGGUACUUCGAGCAAUACCUACUUUGACGGGACUAGAAGUGCUCCAGCAGGCUAUUCGAGCCUUGGCAGCGCGCGUCUGCCUCCAACAACAUUCAUGGGAUCCAACACGCUGGGCGGGGCUCCCUCGAUGCUUUCGUUCUCGCCUUCCCAACAGCAGCCAGCGCGCCAGUCAGUUCCUUCGCAGCAUCUCCAGCAUCCCAUCGAGUACAGGGACAAUGGCGCCAGCCUAGUCGGUAUGCCGGGAGCUGGUGGCAGCUUGCGACAGAGCUCCAUGACGCACUCCAUUCCUCAGUUCGGACAGUCAUUCGGAGACUCGAGGCCCGAGCUGGCCAGCGGCCUUGCUGUUUCCGGCGACAACUGUGGCGUGCAAGAGAACCUAGAUGCUCAUCGACGCAUGCAGCCCCCAUCGUAG